AUGAGUCAGUUUAAAAAGUUAAGAACCGCAGAAGAGAUAUUGGAUUAUUUAGAUGAUGUAGACGCGAGUGAUGAUCAACCCACUGAUAUUAUUAUAGUUCCCCCAGAUGUUGAUAGUCUCACUGAUGACGAAAAUAUAGAUGAUAAUGGCAUUUUAAUAAAUGAUGAUACAGAUUUCCUCAGUAGUAAUAUAUGCGGGACAUUUGAAGUUUUAAAUAAUAAUUUUGAAUAUGCUGAACCUUCAAAUGUCGGCUCUCAACCACAAAAAAAUCCUAGGAAAAAGAAAAAAGUAGAUAAUACAAAACAAUGUGAUACKCCAAUGUGGAAAUCUAAAGCAAAUCCCGUAUAUUCGUCAUUUUCCGAAAACGUCGAAAAAGAAAAUAUAAGAAAGCUUAUUGAAAGUUAUGAAGGAAUAGAUCCACUCAAAUGUUUUUCUUUAUUUUUUGAUGACACUGUACUGCAGUUAAUAGUUAACUUAAGUAUGAAAUAUGCUCAAGAUCAAAAUAGACACGAUUUUUUUCUUCAAGAUUCUGAACUUCUAAAAUUCAUUGGUAUUAUGAUACUAACAGACUACCAUACUUUACCUCAAAUGGAUUUCUACUGGAGUAAAUACGAAGAUAAAGAUAUCACAUUAGUUAGAAAUACAAUGUCUAGAAAUAGAUUCUGUUAUAUUAAAAAAAAUUUGCAUUUAGCAGAUAACAAUAACCUUGAUCCAUCGGAUAAAUUUAUAGGUUUGUAUAUUGAGCUUCUUAGUUCUUGUUUGUAA